GGGUGACAUCGCUGAAGCAUGCAUGCACGCCGGACUUCUCAAUGGUACAUAAAAGGGCCAUCUGCUCGACCAGAUGAUAGAGGCUUGAAUGGUUAGGAAAGCAGGCCUGUUCCUUGUUUUCUUCUUCGUCUUUUCUUCUUUCCCUGCCUAACACGAGUCUCUACCUGGGCCCAUCAUCAUGCUUCCCUACGUUCUGCUUCUGCUGUUCACAGCCUUGGUGAAUGCCUAUUCAGACCCAGGAGCCUGCUCGGGGUCCUGCUGGGCUCACGACCCCAAUGUUAUCCGCCGCAAGACGGACGGCAAGUUCUUUCGCUUUUCCACCGGACUGGGGAUCUUGAUCUCGUCCGCCAGUGCCAUCACCGGGCCCUGGACCGAUUUGGGGUACGUGCUGCCCAAUGGUUCAUCGGUGACAGUGGGGAAUGCAUCCAAUCUCUGGGCUCCGGACGUGCACUACGACAGUGGGACCUAUUACCUGUACUAUGCCAGCUCCACGCUGGGCAGCCAAAGCUCGACGAUCGGGGUGGCCACCUCGACGACGCUGGAGGCGGGCUCGUGGACCGACCACGGCACCAUCGGGCUGACCUCCUCGUCGGCCAACACGUACAACGCCAUUGACGCCAACUGGAUCUCCAUCGGCGGCACCGGGUAUCUGCAAUGGGGCUCGUACUGGCACGGCCUCUACCAGGCGCCCAUGACCAGCUCGCUGCAGAUCAGCUCCUCCACCCCGACCAACCUGGCCUACAAUGCCUCGGGCAACCACGCCAUCGAGGCGUCGUACCUCUUCGAGUACGGGGGUUACUACUACCUCACCUUCUCCAGUGGCCAGGCGCAGGGCUACACCAGCGGGCUCCCAGCACAGGGGCUCGAGUACCGCGUUGUCGUUUGCCGGUCGAAGACGGGGACGGGCAGCUUUGUCGACAAGAACGGGGUCGCAUGCACCAACAGCGGUGGAACCACCGUCCUCGCCAGUCAUGACUACGUCUACGGGCCCGGUGGACAGGGCAUCGUCAACACCACCAACCACGGCAUCGUGCUGUACUACCACUACGCCAACCCCAACAUCGGCCUGGACACCUCGCAGUACCAGUUCGGCUGGAACACCCUCACCUGGGUGGACGGGUGGCCCACGGUUGCGUAAUCCAUCGGCCUAUCUAUGAGUUAGACAGAGUAUACCCUUGUUUACAUCGUUGCUUCCUCGCACCCAUGGGGAGAUCAAGUCUCAAGUGAAUCAGCGAGUGG